ACAGUCUUGAAGAACAAAAACGGCGAAGAAACCAAAAAGUGUUUAACCCUCGUGUUGAUUUAACGUCUACUUCAGGUCUUUAAAUUCUUUGUAACUUUCAACCUAUAUAGGUUUGUAAGAGAAACUAGGAAAGAUGAGUAACGUCAGUGUUUCUAUUAUGGCGGGGAACAGUGAGUCUGAGCGUAAGCGUUUUAUUGCUGCAUCAGAUAACAAUGAAACUCAUCAGCCGAGUGUGAGUGUGACAGAAAGAAGUGAACAAGGCCAGGAGAAGCCGCCGUCAAACGUACCAGUUUCGUCAGCUGGUAGUGGUGAUGAACAAACUAGACGUUCGAGUAGACGAAAGAAACCGCGGGUAAAUGUUGAAUACAAAGAAAAUGAAGAAAAAGCCUCCAACAUAUCAGAAGAAGAGUAUGUUUCUGAUGAAGAAUCUAAGGUCAAGCAGGAAAAGCAGAGUGUCGUUGCUCCUGUCAAGGCUCCAGAAGAAGAAGAGGAAGUUGAUAGUGAGCAUGAUGAUCCAACAGGCCUAGAAGGUGCUGCUUUUCAGAGUCGUCUUCCAUUUGACAAAAUGACAGCACAAGAGGCAGCAUGCUUUCCUGAUAUCGCUCAAGGUCCUCCUCAGACUCAGAAAGUCUUCUUGCAUGUCAGAAACAGACUGUUACAACUCUGGCUAGAGAACCCAAAGCAGCAGCUUGUCUUUGAGAAUGUACUUCCACAGAUUGAGCCUCCUUACAACAGUGAUGGGCCUAUGGUUAUGAGAAUCCAUGCUUACCUUGAAAGACAUGGCUACAUUAAUUUUGGUGUCUUUGAAAGGCUGAAACCCUUGCCAGUGAAGAAGCAUGGAAAAGUAAUUGUGAUUGGAGCAGGAAUUUCAGGCUUAGCAGCUGCACAGCAGCUUCAACAAUUCGGAAUGGAAGUAAUAGUUUUGGAAUCACGGGAUCGAGUUGGUGGAAGAGUUGCCACAUUUCGAAAAGGAAAUUUUAUAGCUGACCUAGGAGCAAUGGUUGUGACUGGCUUAGGUGGAAAUCCAAUGACUGUAUUGAGUCGACAAAUAAACAUGGAAUUGCACAAAAUUCGUCAGAAGUGCCCAUUGUACGAAUCCAAUGGAAAUACAGUCCCUAAAGACAAGGAUGAAAUGGUAGAAAGAGAGUUUAACAGACUUUUAGAGGCAACAUCCCACUUAUCUCAUCAGUUAGACUUUAAUUAUGUUCAAGGAAAACCAGUGUCUCUUGGACAAGCUUUGGAAUGGGUAAUUAAGUAAGUAUCGUAGAAAAUAGGCUGUGUCUACAAAGUAAAAGGGAAAAAAAAAUCUAUUUUUAUGUUGUACAGAAAAUUUUCCACUAGAAACAUGAGAAGCAUGCUGGAGCUUCGAGAUCAUAUUGAAGAACUACACAAACAGCACAAGAUGAUGUCCGAAUCUCCCAAACAUAGAGAUAUCACUCAGGAAUUUGCUUUACGUAGUACCCUCAGAGAUCUAAAUGCAAGCUGCAAGGAAUGGGAUCAGCUGUCUGAACAACAGAAAGAGAUUGAAGAUAAACUACAGGAGUUGGAAGCAUCCCCACCAAGUGAUGUGUAUUUGUCAUCACGAGACAGGCAAGUACUAGACUGGCAUUUUGCUAAUCUGGAGUUUGCUAAUGCUACACCUCUGAACAACUUGUCACUGAAACACUGGGACCAGGAUGAUGAUUUUGAGUUCACAGGAAGUCAUCUAACAGUACGGAAUGGCUACUCUUGCGUUCCUGUUGCACUGGCUGAAGGACUGGACAUUAAAAUGAACACAGCUGUCAAGCAGAUCCGAUACCUGUCACAAGGGGUUGAAGUCCUUGCUUAUAACACUCGCACGAAUGCUGGACUAAUGAGUUUUAAGGGUGAUGCUGUACUGUGUACCCUACCUUUGGGAGUCCUCAAACAAGCCGUUCAGGGGAACCAGUCAGUACUGAACACAGUUCAGUUUGUUCCGCCACUUCCGGACUGGAAAGUGGCAGCCAUUCAGAGAUUGGGAUUCGGUAACCUUAACAAGGUAGUACUGUGUUUCGAUCGAGUAUUCUGGGAUCCAAAUGCCAACCUCUUCGGACAUGUCGGUAGCACCACGGCCAGUAGAGGAGAAUUGUUUCUUUUUUGGAACCUGUAUCGUGCUCCUGUUCUUCUUGCACUCGUCGCAGGUGAGGCAGCCGCCAUCAUGGAAAAUGUAAGCGAUGACGUCAUCGUUGGCCGUUGUAUCGCUGUUCUGAAAGGCAUUUUUGGAAACAGUGCAGUUCCACAACCCAAGGAGACGGUGGUUACUCGCUGGCGAGCCGAUCCAUGGUCACGUGGUUCUUACACGUACGUCGCAACUGGCUCAUCUGGUAACGACUACGACAUCUUGGCCACACCUGUAACUCCUCCCUCCGUCAUUCCCGGGUCCACCCAAGCCACCUCCAUGCCUCGCCUCUUCUUCGCUGGGGAACACACUAUCCGAAACUACCCAGCCACUGUCCACGGAGCCCUGCUAAGUGGGUUGCGGGAAGCUGGCCGCAUUUCCGACCAGUUCCUCGGUUGUCCGUACGCCUUGCCACGGCAGACGCCCCGGACCGUGUCUACUGUUCAGUGAUUGUCUUAGCAUCAUUAAAUUUGAAUUUACUAGCUGUGUAAGAACCGAUCAUAAACGUUUUCAAGGCUCGUGGUGGCGUUUUAUUCUUAUCGUUAAAGUCAUAGGUCAUCAUCAUCAAUGCUGUAAGGGUCCGAGUAUGUUCAUGGGAAGUUCGGGGAAACCAACAGACUCUUUUAUUAGUUACUAUCUGAAGCUAAUAGUAUUAACCAAUCACUUUUAUAUAUUGCUCUCUGAAGAUAAUUAGUAAUUCAUUACUAUAGACCUUUAAUGGAAUACUGAAGUUGUUACCCACUGUUAUGUUUUAUUUCCUUUUUAAGCCCAGAAUUUAUGUAUGGUAACUGUAUCCAUACACUCGAAGCAUUUAAGCCAACGUGUCUGUCAUGUUAAAAAAUAAAACAUUGCUAUUCGGCCAUAGUUGGAUAUAAAACAUUGGGUCAGUAGUCUGAUAUGAAACAUUUGGACCAGCACGUUUACUUUAACGUGGUAUAAACGAGAUACUAUGUGUUUGUGAAACGAUGCACUGAGUUGUACUAGCACCUGAUGUAGACGGUAUUUCUCGGGUUUAGGGCACUGAGUUGUACUAGCACCUGGUGUAGACGGUAUUUCUCGGGUUUAGGGCACUGAGUUGUACUAGCACCUGGUGUAGACGGUAUUUCUCAGGUUUAGGGCACUGAGUUGUACUAGCACCUGGUGUAGACGGUAUUUCUCGGGUUUAGGCACUGAGUUGUACUAGCACCUGGUGUAGACGGUAUUUCUCAGGUUUAGGGAAUAUGUAGUAAGGUAAAUAAUAUAUUAGUAAGGUAAAUAGUUUUAAAAGUAAGCAGGAAAUAAGAGUAGUUUCACGCUAAGGUGUAAUUUUUUUUACAACAAUUUUUUUUUCGUAGAUAUUAUUUUCGUGUAAAAGAUUUACUAAUAUUAUACUUUCUGUUUUAAUUAUUUCCCCCAAAACUUAAUAUUCCCGCGUAACUGUAUUGAUUUAGUGACCCAGUAGUAACUCUGAAUAUUUCCAUGUAACAGUAGCAAGAGAGUAAGUGAUCCGGUAGUAACUCCGAAUAUUCCCAUGUAACAGUAGCAAGAGAGUGAGUGAUCCGGUAAUAACUCCGAAUAUCCCCAUAUAACAGUAUCAAGAGAAUGAGUGAUCCGGUAGUAACUCCGAAUAUCCACAUAUAACAGUAUCAAGAGAAUGAGUGAUCUGGUAGUACCUCCGAAUAUCCCCAUAUAACAGUAUCAAGAGAAUGAGUGAUCAGGUAGUAACUCCGACUAUUCCCAUGUAACAGUAUCAAGAGAAUGAGUGAUCAGGUAGUAACUCCGACUAUUCCCAUGUAACAGUAUCAAGAGAAUGAGUGAUCCGGUAGUAACUCCGAAUAUCCCCAUAUAACAGUAUCAAGAGAAUGAGUGAUCCGAUAGUAACUCCGACUAUUCCCAUGUAACAGUAUCAAGAGAAUGAGUGAUCCGGUAGUAACUCCGACUAUUCCCAUGUAACAGUAUCAAGAGAAUGACCCAGUAGUAACUAAGAUCGUAAUGUUUAAGUAUAAAUAAAUAAUUCCCGACUCUCUAUGUAAUAACAACAUCAAUAGUUGAAGAAGUUUUAGUGAACAUUUUGGUAAACUUUCUGUGAAUUCAUAUCCAGAUAAUACCGAACUGGUGUGUGUGAUUUAUAGUUGGUGAGAAUAUCACUGUUGUCAUGGUAGCAAGUCGCUAGGAUUUUAAGCGUUUGUUAGUAGGAUUAUAAGAAUCCUCCGAUCCACGAGUCUAGCAUUUCCAAGGUGAGUCUGUGUUUUUUUUUUCUGCCAUAAUUGCUGAUGGCACUGUUAUUUGCUGUUUUUGAACGACCUGGAGCACGUGGAUAACAAUUAUAGAUUUCUUUAACAAAGCGCAAUUCACUCUUCAUUUGUACAACUGUCUGUUCUAGUCUGUCCCAAAACUGUUGGAUCAAGUAUCACUAUUUUCAUUUGUGUUUGAUGUCAAUUUGGGGAUCCUGUAGCCACUGUAUAGAUUGAAUACUGGAAAAAAUAACAAGUGUAGCUGACGUUUUCUUUGUAUUGUAGACUCUUUCAAUAAAAUCAGAUUUAAUAAAACGAGAAAAAAAAA